UUCUGUUUCUUCUUCUUUCUUCUUCUCUCUCCUCUUCUCUCCUCUUCUCUCUGGUUCAGCAAAAAUGAACUCCAAGUUCAGAAAGGCCUCCAAUUUGGUCGACCAUAAGCAGAGCUCAGUGGCUGUUGGAUUGAAAAUCCUUAUACAGGUCUCACAAGGGAACAAGUCAAAUAUCAUUGUGAAAUCUUCAUUAAGAUUGAGCCAGCCCAACCCUGAGUUCUCUUGCUUUCUCAAAACAUGUCACUUAUGCAACAAGGGAUUAAGCCUUGAGAAAGAGGUCUACAUGUACAGAGGUGAUCUAGGAUUUUGCAGCAUACAGUGCAGGAACAGACAGAUUGUGAUUGAUGAAAUGAGAGACUUAGAGGCUUCUACCAAGCAAAUGCUAGCAUCUUACAGGCGUGGCCAAAAUCGUUGCAGCAGCAAUACUAAGAGUCGGCUUAGUGUCUUGGAAGAUGUACAUCUACAACAAGACCGAAUUCCACAGCACAGAAACAUAUUUGCACUUUAAAUUAAAUUAAAUAUAUACUCUUUUUAAUUUUUCUAGCUUCUAUGAGUUGAAAAUUGCUAAGCGGGAAGAAAAUUUUAAUGAAGUGAGCUAUUGGAUUGUUUAA